AAGACGCAUGAAGGCGCCAUUAUAUUUACCAAUCAAUCAUUUUCCAUUUGAUGGAAGUCAAGUACGCAUCUUGGUAUACCGGGAAUGUGAUACCCGAGGAAGACGCCUACUGUUCGAUUCAAAUGCCCUAGAGAAAGUCUAUCACAAGGAAAAGAAUGGCAACAACAACAGCAGCAGUAGUUCGAACAAACACAUUGGCUCGAAGUCAACAUCGUCCAUUGGAUCGUCGUCAUUACUCUCGGAUAGAUUAAGUGCUGCAUCAUCAGCAAAUAAUUCGAAUAAGGGAGCUCAUUCCAACGGUGGUUAUAUCGAUGUGUGUGAUGAAUAUGGCUAUAAGCACAAUCGUCCCAAUUCGACUGAUAUCAGCAGUAUCGGUGAAAUGGUGUUCGGUGCAUUGGCCAUGUCAUUUCGUGGCCCCUCAUUAAAAGUCCACUGGCUGCAACCACCCUCUCGGCUAUUAUGUUCCCAGGUAUUUUUAACACCGCUCAGACCCAACAACAAUGGACAUUCGCCAUAUUCCACCUUUUCCACAAACAGUCUGGCAACCCCGCGUACCUCAAUAUGCAGUGAACAUGGCUCCAUUGAUGGCCUAUCGAUGAGCUCGUUCUCCUUGCCCUAUUCCAUGGGAAUGGGCCGUAACCAAAGUCUAACACCCAGUGAUCUCAGCACAUCUGUGUCAUCUCCACUCGAUGUACCCUCAAUCGAUCAACAAUCGAUUAUGACAAAUACGGAUAGUAGCAAUGCUGAUCGUUUCUCAAGCACCUAUAGUACGGGUACGGAUUCGGGUUAUUCGGCAAUAAGUCGUGGUGCCGGUACUGCAUCCUCUUCGGAUCAGUGGUCUGCUGCUUCGUAUCAAUAUUCAACUCGCAGUAGUUUGGGCUCUGUUAUGUCGGAACAAUCGUCGGAUCGGGUACGAAAAUGCAGUAUUGAUUCGAAUAUUUAUCCUGGCAGUAGCUGUUCGGGCAGUACCAAUGCCAUGGGCAUUUCCAGUGAUGGCAGUCUGCAGCGAAGAAUAUCCCGCAACAUUGUGACGUCUUUCGAAAACGAAAACUCCAUGAAUGACCUGAUCGGGUUCGUAACGGAUAAUUAUGCCAAUAUUAUGAUGAGCAAUAGCAGUGCCCCCACAGCUGGUGGUAGUGAGGGCUUAAAUUUGGGUGUUAACUAUCCGAGGCCGAAUUGUAGUUAUACGACAAAUGAAUCUCGUAGCAAUCCUGAAAUGGGCCGUAGACGAGAAAUGGCUCCGAACCAAAUGAAGGCGGCCUCACGCAGAGCCAGACUGGGUCUGGCCGUGUGUAUCACAAUGAGUGAAUCUUUUGAGGAGGAAAUGGAAUUGUUUUGCAGUGAACACAUUGCCCUGUUCGAGAGCAUGCUGAGUCGUUUGAGGGCCAGCACGGAGAUAGCCUAUAUACACCAUAAUAAUUUCCUUCAAAUUAUGUAUCAAAUUUGGCAGGACACCCAGCAGUGGUUUGUGGACUUGUUUACAGCACCACGUAUCAAAUGUCCUGUGUGGCUGAGUAUAACCACCAGUGGCAGCAAAUACUCGAAAAAUGUGGCCGAACGUUUUAUAAAGGAGCUGUGUUGGCUGCUAUCAUUUGCCGAUACCAAAGAUACCAAUUUUUUUAUAAGCACAAUGUUGACGGCAAUUCUGACACACCAUCUGGGCUGGGUACCCACUGUGUCACCGUUUAGUUCGUCGUCUUCAACGGCAGCUGUGGAGCAGCGUGCCAAAUUGUUACAGGUUUCUCAGAAGCAUCCCUACAAUGCCUUGUGGGCCCAAAUGGGUGAUUUAUUUGGGGCCAUAGGUCUGCCACCAAAAUUGGCCCGAACUGUGAUAUAUGGCACGGAAAAGCUGUCCGUGGAAAGACUUUUAAAUGUACUGACCUAUUUUAUACGGUGCGGCGAGGUGCGACGCUCGGCCAAAAAGGAGGACUACAACAGGGACAUGGUGAAUAAUAUUGUGGCCCAAAAUAAAAAUGAAACAUUUAAAAAAUCCCCCCUCUAUGGAGGUGCUGGUAAAAGGCUGGGCAAUGAGGCUGCCAGAAAUUCUGGUGUCUUGGGGAAUAAUUGUGGUAUUGGCGCGGGUGGUAUAAAAAGUGGCUUGACUAGAUCUCAGACGUGCAAACAAAACCUUAGUUUACACGAUAUUGGUGGUGACGACGACACCUUCUGCGAAAGAGAUGAAGAAUAUGAUGAAGACGAAACGGACGCAGCCAUACGCACCUAUAAAAAGAAUGAAAUUCCAACUGUAUUGGCAUUUAGAGAUUCCAGAUUUGUGCAACAAGAGUUGCGUAUUGGUAAUUAUCUGAUGGACACCGGUAUCGAACGAAACUCUGUGGCCCAGUACCAAAAGGCCAAACAAAGGGAGCUGGUCCAGAACAAAAACGAGGGCAGAAUACGUCUGACCCUUACCACACCAGAUAAUGUGGAAUUAAUUGUUGAAGAUCCCAGUAAUUGCAAUGCCGCCGAGGAGGAACAGGUGGAAGGUGUUUUGGAGGCCAUUGAAAUUGAAACGUUAGCUGAACAUCGUAAGAAACGACCAUUCUUUUGGAGCAUGGCAGCAGCAGAAGUCAAGGAAGGACUUAGUUUAAAGGAGCUUAAUAAACUGCAACAGUGUGGGACAGAGGUGGCACCUUCCUCCAUGACGACGACGAAGGACAAAGAUGGAAAAGUUCGCAACCCUGCUACCCAACAUUUGUCACUGUCCGCAUUGAUAACUCAGAAUAGCAUUGGCAAAAGUGAUUGUCCCAUGACCUGGGGUGUGGAACCGAUCAAAGAAAAUGUAAGCCACGAGGAGCAAAUACACUUUGAUAUUUCUCACAAACAUAUCGAACGGGAGCAUGGCAUUGGUCGCAACAAGGAAGAAGGUGGUGGUAGUGGUGUGGUCUUUGUAUUGGGUGAUAAUGAGCCAUUGGUGAAUAUCAAACGAAGUACUGAAGAUUUGUCAAAUGAUCAACAAAAAUCGGAACAUAUGUUGUGUCCACUACAUCAACCAACGCAACAAUUGAAGAAGCAUUCGGGAGUUAAAUUUAAUUUCGAACAAUACCCGCAAAUUGUAACCAACUAUAUGAAGAGUAAAAAUCUUCUUAUGACCAAUUAUGAUUUGCUAAUGGACAAGUGUUCCAAAUUGGAGGCUGCCCAGAAUAACAGUCCUGACAGCAGUAGUCAACGUCAGCAGCAACAGCUUCAGCAACAAAUUAUUGAUGCCAACCUUACCACAACAUUCCCUCCGCAGAGCAAACAAACAAAUGCCACAACAACAACGUCGACCCCAAAUUGUAUUGUCUGUCAGGGUCUGUUGAAUGCCUAUCAGACGCCUUCGAAUGCCACAGAGUUGGAGUUUGAAUCGGAUGAGCUGCAUUGUUUUGUGAAUAACAAAGCGAAACCGGCAAGUCCAACAACACCUGCCCUAACCACCGUUAGUUCACAGGCUUCGGUGCAGACGUUAAUAUCCAAUGUGGAGAUGAGAGAAUUACCCACACCCACCGCAGAGACUCCGAAGAAAACCUUCUUCAGCUCCAAUCAAAAGAAGUGCUCUUCGCAGCGUGGCUCCAUGUCUUCGGUGGCGGCGAAAUGUGCUGCCGCCAAUGAGGCGAUGCAUUUGCUGCAAAUGCCUAUACCGGCUGUCAAGGAUAUACCACAGGAUGACGAGCUGAGCGGAGAUAUGAAAUUGCCGGUGGGCUUUAUACCAUCACUCUUUUUGAAUGUCAAUGAUCAUUAUGUGCCGGAUAUGGUGUUGCAGGGUACCUAUGCUUCUCCCUCCAAAUGGGAAAUCAAUUUACGAGAAGACUUGGCGCUGGCCGCCCAUUCCGCUUCUCUGAUAUCACUGCCUGCCGAAAACAUUGCCAUUAUUGCCGACAUGGAGAAAUGGGAUGUCAAACUAAUCUCCUCACAGUCACAACAUUUUCCAUAUGCCGGUGGACAAAGUGCCCCCGUGGGCAUGUCUCAGCUAGUUUCCUCAAUGUUGGAGACAGUACAAAUUAUGAACAGUGCCGGCAUAUCGGCCUAUGAGUGCCUCUCAUUUAUGGAAUCCAAACUCCAGGAAAUCUAUUUGCAUUCGGAAACUUUAGCCGCCUUUCUGUUGGAAACUGAUUUUUGUUCCUUGAGUGCUGUGACCACAGCCUUAAAUCUAUCUGAAAAUGAUGUACCCCUGCUGUUGUCCAUUGCCUCCAUACAUACGCCGCAAAUAAGUAAAAAAUGUGGCAUCAGUUUUAGAUGACAAGA